AUGGCCGUUGAGACGACUGUCAAACUCGCGGUCCUUAUUGAUGCCGACAAUGUCUCCCCGGCCAUGGCGGCACCUCUUCUCGCCGAAGUUGCCAAGUUCGGCACGGCGUUCGCCCGACGAGCCUACGGCGACUGGACUGGCAACAGUCUCCGAAGCUGGAAGGAGCAGCUGCUCACGCAGUCGAUCCAGCCCGUCCAGCAAUUCGCGUACACGUCGGGCAAAAACGCGACCGACUCGGCCAUGAUCAUCGACGCCAUGGACCUGCUGUACACGAAUCGCUUCGACGGCUUCUGCUUGGCAUCGAGUGACAGCGAUUUCACCCGUUUGGCGGCCCGCAUCCGCGAGUCGGGCCUGGUCGUGUAUGGCUUCGGCGAGCGCAAGACACCCAAGCCAUUCGUCGCAGCGUGCGACAAGUUUACUCACUUUGAGAACAUUCUCUACAAUGACGAGCAGCUCGUGGCCGUGCAGCCGUCAUUGCCAGUGGUAGCUACAGUGCCGACAGCCAAGGCGAGCACCAGCAAUGCAUUUCUGGCCCAGCGAUCCUCACAAGCAGUGCCGUCCUUGAGGAACGAGGCUCAACUGGCAAAGCAGUUGCGCAUGGCCAUCGAGGCAGCUUCAGACGAGGAAGGCUGGGCCAACCUAGCCAAAGUUGGCGGUCUCAUCACGAAGCAGCAUCCCGACUUUGAUCCGCGAACGUACGGCUUCACCAAGCUUAGCGAACUCGUCAUUGCGACCGAGCUGUUCCACAUCGACAGACGAAGUCCAGGUGCCGGAAAGCCAAUGGUCAUCUACGCUAGGGACAAGCGGCAGCGGCGUUUCGGCGCACUCAGUCAUGGCGCUUGA